AUGUCAUAUAUUAUAUAUUACUCGAAGUNGUUAUCAGAUCAAUCAAAAUGCACAUAAUUUAAAGAUAGUAUCACUUAAUUAUUAAUUUUAUAGCUUUAUUUAAAUGUGAUAAACCUGCUUUCAGAAAGGCUAAUAAUGCUUCUGAUUAUCAAUUCUGA